AUUAGUACUAAAACUUAGUAUUACCAUUGUUGACUGAAAAUGUAAGCGAUUUCAGUUGAGAAUCUUUUAGAAGUUUCAAUAUAUUUUGGAAAGUUUAGACAUCCAACUUAUUCAACCAUGCUACGAACUUCUGUUAUAGCAUCAAGAACAAAAAUCACGAUGGGGGAUAGAGAAAGAGCGGCGCUUGGUUAUGAGCAUACUUUGAUGUUUGGUCAGUAUCGGGAAGAUUUAGGAGAAUAUGCGAGAUUAGAAGCUUCAAGACUUAAAUCUUUAGAAAAGCUGCGUAAAAAAGAAGAAAAGCGUCGCCAGAAAGAACUCAAACCCUAUAGAAAUGCAAUUCAUAGAAAACUUGUUGGUUUUUGGCAGAACACUUUUGCAAGAUUAGGGGAAGACUGGUUUUUCUUAGCAUUCUUAGGGGUCAUUUCUUCUCUUCUUAGUUUCUCCAUGGAUUACUGUAUAUCAAUGUGUCAAAAAUCUCGGAUAUGGUUGUAUAGGGAUUUAACUGCUCAUCCUUUUCUACAGUACUUAGCCUGGGUUGCUUUACCUAUGUGCCUUAUUUUAUUUUCUGCUGGUUUUGUUCAUAUUAUGGCUCCCCAAGCCAUAGGAUCUGGCAUUCCUGAAAUGAAAACUAUCUUGAGAGGAGUGGUUCUCAAAGAAUAUUUGUCUUUACGCACAUUAAUUUCCAAAGUUAUUGGUCUAACAUGCACAUUAGGUAGUGGAAUGCCUCUAGGUAAAGAGGGUCCUUUUGUACAUAUAUCCAGCAUUUUAGCUACUAUGCUUAGCAAAUUAGUGAGUUCUUUCAAAGGAAUUCAUGAGAAUGAAUCUCGAGCCAAUGAGAUGCUGGCUGCUGCUUGUGCUGUCGGAGUUGCCUGUAGUUUUGCUGCUCCAAUCGGAGGUGUGUUAUUUAGCAUUGAAGUAACAUCCGUUUAUUUUGCGGUGAGGAAUUACUGGCGCGGUUUCUUUGCCGCUUGUUGUGGUGCUAUGGUUUGGAGGCUAUUGGGAGUAUGGUUUAAAAAUGAAGAAACUUUAACUGCAAUUUUUCGGACCAACUUUCACAUAGACUUUCCCUUUGAUCCACAGGAGUUGAUUGUGUUUGCAGGAAUUGGUGCAGUCUGUGGCCUGGGAGGAGCAUUCUUUGUGUGGUUUCACCGACAGAUUGUUUAUUUUAAUAGGAAGCAUAAAAGGAUGAAUGCAUUUCUCCAGCAAAAUCGUUUUAUAUAUCCAGCAUUAAUAACUCUCAUCAUUUCGACUAUGACAUUUCCAUUGGGUCUUGGACAAUUUAUGGCUGCAGAAUUGACUACCCAUGAGUCCAUGAAUGAAUUAUUUAGUAAUGUCACCUGGUCCAAUCAUCAUUUAGAAGUAGAUGAAGCUAUCAUUGUUAGUCACUGGACUACAAAAUAUACUAAUAUAUAUGCUAAUUUAGUUGUAUUUAUUAUUAUAACAUUCCUAACUAGUACUUUGGCUGCAACAUUACCUGUGCCAUCUGGUCUUUUUAUUCCUGUAUUUAAAAUGGGGGCUGCUUUUGGGAGACUUGUGGGAGAAUGUAUGGCAUCAUGGUUUCCUGAGGGCAUUACUCUUGGUGGGAGUGUCAACAGAAUAAUUCCUGGUGGAUAUGCUGUUGUUGGUGCUGCUGCCCUUUCCGGGAGUGUCACCCACACCAUUUCCACGUCAGUCAUUGUGUUUGAGUUGACUGGUCAGAUGUCGCAUAUUUUACCUGUGAUACUUGCUGUUUUGAUUGCCAAUGGUAUAUCUCAAGCUUUACAACCGUCCAUAUACGACAGUAUUAUACAAAUUAAAAAAUUGCCUUAUUUACCACCUAUAGUUUCUACAUCAUCUGAAGCUCACAAUGUGUAUGUUUCGGAUAUAAUGGUUCGAGAUGUUGUCAGUGUGUGGAGAGGCUGCUCAUACAAAGACCUGCGAAGCAUAUUAAAAUUGAAGAAGAGACUUCAGUUUUUCCCACUAGUCGAAUCUUUAGAGUCAAUGAUAUUACUGGGAUCAAUACAGAGGAUUGAGCUUUUACGUCUUCUGGAGUUGCAGUUAGGGCGAGAAAGAAGACUUCAAGAGGCACAAAAAAGGGCACAAUUAAACGAGUCUCCUAAGACACCUAGAGCUGAAAAGAAACUUUCCCGUUUUGAAGUCAUUCCAGUUCCAGGCAGUACAAGACCUUCUCCCAAGUGUUCUCCCCCUCCCUCCCCAGUAGCAACCCCAAAGUCACCCAAAAAGUCUUUUCUAAGAUAUUCACCUGUUAAUUCCCCGUAUAACACAAUCUCUUCACUCGAUACUAGACUGAAACAAGCAUUUGAAAAUGUCUUCAAGAAAGCAGUUUCAGACCCAUUUGAAAAAUUUGAAUCCAGUCUUCCUAACACUCCUUUGUCUAAAAGAUCACAAAAGCCCCAGAUAAUACUGGAUAUGUCCCCUGAAGAGCUUCUUGCAUGGGAAGAAGAUCAGCUAAAUGCGUUGGUAGACUUUGGUAAAUGCCAUGUAGAUCCUGCUCCGUUUCAACUUGUAGAAAGGACAACAUUAAUUAAAGUUCAUUCUUUAUUUUCAAUGUUAGGUCUUAAUUAUGCAUAUGUGACUGCUAUUGGGAGAUUAGUAGGAGUAGUUGCCUUAAAAGAGCUGCGGAAAGCCAUUGAAAACAUCAGCAGUGGCCUUUUUGUGCAGAGCUCUCACCAGUUCAGCCAUCAUGAUAGGUCUGAACCUCCAUCAGAAACACACUCAGAAUGCGAGGACAAUACGGACAUUGGCAAAGUAUCGGUCAAGAGACAGAGGUUUCAAGAGGACCGUCAUGCCUCCAAUGUAUGAGAAGAGUUACUCAUUCUUUCUUCCAAGACUGUGGUGAUACUUAUACUUUAUCAGUAUUCUAUGCAUUUAUGUUUGCUAUUUAUUUUCUGUUCUCCAAAACGCUUGUUGCUUUUGUGCAGCUAAGACGAGAACUAGAAAUUUUCAUUUGUUUCCUACAUUUAUGAAUGCCUUAAUGCUUUUUUUGUGCUAUGCAUCUUGUCACUAAAUAGAGUUUUUAUUUUGAGAAUGGCUGGAACUCGAUUGCCCAAGUAAUUGGACCUAGAUCUAUUUCGGAUUAUGAGAGUACUCAGAUUAUAGAGGUAAUAUUGUUUUUAACCUAUUUUCAUCAAUUUAUUCUGAAAAUCAAGUUUUUAUUUUUUUAUAAUAAUGGCACAUAUUUAAUUUUUAUUUGACAAUUUGAUAAACAACUUUUUGUCAAAUAAGUAAAAAGCUAUUUUAUUUUAAAAUUCACUUGCAUAAUUUUAAUAGACAGUCAAGCAAAAUAACUCUAGUUAUGAAAUGUGGCAGUUAUAUGUAAAAAAAAAAAGUAUUGCAAUUUUCAGAUUUCUUAAACAAAACCGAAACAAUUAAGUUAACAAACUAAUAAAACGUUUAGUUGUUAUUCUAAUAAAAUAAUCAAUUUUAUGUAAUCAUGCAAUGCAAAGAUAUUUUUUUAAAAAUUUUAUUUUGAAGGCCUUGUGUAUAGAAGUUUCAAGUAGCUCUUCUCUUUUUAUUCAUUAAACCAAUUAUUCAUUGAAAAGAAAGGAAGCUUCAUAAAGGACUUUGAUUAUCAGAAGUAUUUAGAUAAAGGAGGUUCUAUUGUAUAAAUUCCCUAAUCCUAGCCUAAUGUAGAAAAGAGAAAUUGAUAGAAUUCAUUAUCUUAAAUUCCACUAAAUGAAUUUGUUAUUUAGAUUUAUGUUACAUGAUUUUUAUCCCUUUUAGAGUUUUUCUCAGUGUUAUUCUUUAUUGAGAUCUAAUCUACUUCUUAAUUCUUUUCUCAAUCGAUUUUAAAGAAAAUUGUUUCUUUUAAAUUCGAGAAGUAAAAGAUAAUUGUAUGUAUCUUUUAGUUAAUAUUUUAACUUCAUUUAUUCAAAAUAAUACUUUAUUAGUGUAAAUUAAAUUUUAUUUAAAUUAUUUUAAUCUGAAAGAGAUACGUUUUUAGAGACUUCUAUAUACAAAUUGACUGUGCAAUGUAUCCUAUUGCAUUUUUUGCUAUUAAUGUUGCAUUUUAUUUACAUUAGAAAUGUACAUUCCAUAUUUGUAUAUAAAAAAGAAUUAUAUAUUAUAUGUUUUUUUUAAAGCUAAUUCUACUAAUGCUACCGUCCAUUAUAAUUUUGUGGAACUAGAUUAAUUUUAGAGUGUCCAUUUUGUUUAUUAAAAAUGUCGUAAGACAAAGUGUCGUUUGUAACAACUUGCCUACCAAAUAUUUAGUUCCAUACUUUGUUUAGAAUAAUUUACACAUAAGCAGAUUUCAUACUAACUUUCCGAUGAAUUAGAAUGUACAAUUCUGUUUUCUUCUAAAAAUAUACUUUUUUCUCGAACUACUAAUUUAAAACAUCUUUACAUUAAUUAUCUUAAUAGUAUUAAUUAAAGUUGUUUAAAAUAAUUAAUAUCAGCAAAAAAAAUUUUUCUUAAAAAAAUAUCAAUUGCGUUUUAGAAAUUUUUAAUUUUAUAAAAAUGAAAUCAAUCAUAAUAUUCGCUUGUAAUUGCAACUCCUAAUUAUAGUAUUUCUAACUUUCGUAUUCAUCACAAAUAUGUAACAGUAUUUUGUUUUAUAUUAGUCAUUUAUUGAAUAUAAAUAAUGCCUAUAUGCAUAGGUUUCCUACACUUUCCAUUUAAUUUCUUUAAACCAAAGAUAUUAGUUUUCGAGCAUACCAGAAUUUUCAUAAAUAUUCUGAGUAAUAAUUAUCAGAUUUCUUAUUUACUACUGCUUCUUAUAAAAUGCAGCCAACUUAAAGCAACAUUUGAAUUUAAAUUUAUUUGUACAUUUUAUACUUUUGCUUUAUUGAAUCUCAGUAUUGUAUUCCUUAUUUUAUAUUCUAUUUACCAUCUCCAAUUGUAGGGUAUGUUCUCUAAAUAUCACCUUCGUCAUAGAUUUUUAGAAUUCUUUGUCAGUAUUAAACAUCUAAUAAUUUUGAAAAGUAAUUUGUAAAUGAGUAUUUAAGAAACAAGGAGUCAAGUGGAGAAAUGGUCUGGGUGACAUUUCUGUAAAAAAAAAAAAAUAUUAUUUCUUGGGGGAAAGAUUUUAGUUUAGUUUUAUUAUACAACUUUAAUUUGUUUUGAAGAGUCUCUGUGGAUGAAUGUAUUAUCACAGUUUGAGUUGAAAAUUUUGUAUGGAUUUGGCAAAAAUGUAUCAUUGUUCACAUUAGAAAGCCUUAAUCCUCUCUUUAAGCAAUAUUUGAAAGCACCAAGAGUGCUAAUGCCAAGCUUUAAACAGUUUAACUGAGUGUUAUAGAUUUCACAAAUUGAAGAGUUUAGACCAGAACUAAAAGAAACUUUUUCUUUCUCAUAUUCUGAUUCUUUUUUAAAAAAUAGAAUUAAUAGAAUGAUUAAAACUUUGAAUGAAAAUUUGAAUUCCUUGGGAGAAAAGGGAAAAUAUAUUUAAGCGUAACUUUCCUUUCAUCUAAUUUCACAUUAAUAUGUCUCUAUAAAUCUGUGUUGUCUAUUAAGUCAGCAAGUAAUGUGACAAUAUAAAUCAUUAAUAAUUUAAAAAAUUAUUUUUAAUUAGCAUUUUUUUAAUUUAAUAAUUUAAUUGGAGGAUAAUUAUUUCAGUCAAAACUUUCAAUUAUCGAAGAGACCAAAAAAAUAAAAAUAAAAUUUAAAUAUAAACAUUGGAUAGAAACAAUAUUGAAAGUGCUAAGACUGAUGAUAUUACAACUGUAGUUAAUCACUGACAAGACAAUUUUUACGGUAUAUUUCAAAGAGUAGUCAGACAAAAAAUUUGUAUUUGUUAAAAAAAAAAUUAUAUUUUUAUUCAAAAUUCUAAAAAUUAUGACAAACAUUUGAAUUCAAUAAAAUUAUAGUGUGAAAUAUGGAUAAUUUAUAAAUUUUCUACAAAUUUUUUAUUUUUAAAUAAAGAAAGCUUAACUUUGUACUGUGUGUAAAUAAGAGUCAAACAAUGUGAAAAAGCUUGAAUAACAUCACAUACCAGACAUAUUAGUGUUUCCUUUCCAUAUAAUGAAUCACCUUCAAGUAUUGAAAAGCAGAGAACAGUUUCUGCAUUUUGACACUAAGAUGAUACUUCAUUACUGUGAAAAAAAAAUGGUUGUUUUAUGCGAUGCUUUAAUUUUGCUUUAAUUUUGCUUUAAUUUCAUAUUCAGUUUCUUUUUUACCUACUACAUACAUCAGAAAUGCACUUAAUACCUUCUAUUCAAGGAGAGACAUUUUGUAAAUAAAGACAAAUACUUUUUCUAACAAAUAAAUUAAAGUUCUGGCCCUUCAAAAAAGUUAGGGUCAAUUUCUUUUUGUGUGCUAUAUCCUGACAAAUGUACAAGAAAUACAAAUUAAUAAACCUAAAAGUUAAUUUACUGAAAUAUCACUUAGAACCUUCUACCGCUUGACUCUCUAAAUAAUUUUAAAAUUCAGAAUUAUAAAAAUUUGCUUUCUGUUGACAAUUGAUGAAUUUACUAUGACUUUUGUAGCCAGUGAGUAUAUAGAUUUAAAACACUCACCACUCUUGGAGAUACUUUUUCAUAUUGGGCGGCAAGUCUUUGUAUGGUAAAAAAAGCAAAAUGAAGGACAUAUUGUCAGAUAUUGAUGUUUUCUGUUUUUUAUCCUCAAUUAUUUGCAACAAUACUCAUGAUUUUAUUUUGGUGUAAGAAUUCUAAAAACACAUGCUAAGUAUUGUUUAGAGAACACUUUUUAAAUAUAGAAAUGUUUGUAUUUAUUUGAAAUGCCUUUUUUCCGAAAUACAGGGUAUUGAUGUUAAAUUUUUAAAAUAUACAUUUUUGUUAUAUAUUUCGGUUUUUAAUGAUAAAUAAUUGUUAAAGUUGAUUUCAAGUUAAAUCCAGACGUUAAUGUUAAUUAUCCAGCAUGUUAAAAAAAAAAAAGAAAAAUUGUGAUACUUCAGUAUGCAGAUCUGUGAUUUAUGUAUGAGUGUAAAUAUAUUUUAGAAAUAAAUACAUUUUAUACACCUUUAAA